AUGAGUUCAUCGGAGUCGAAGGACUGUGAGCUGAGUACUUCUUCGCAAGAUAACCUUUUUCACUCCAAGGCAAUCUUCCUUCGAUUCAGAGUCAGGCCAAUUCACGAAUACCUUCCAUUGACCCUUUCCUGCAAAAUAAAAUGUCGAGUCACAGAUAAUCAUUCUCUUUCGGAUUCAGAAGAACUGCUUCAUCAGGACCUUAAUUGGAGUAAGUCUUAUUCGCCUGCGCUUCCAUCUCGCUCCCACACUCCUCCCCCUAGGUUCUCCAAUGCUAAAAGUCACUUAGUUUCACCAGCUGGCCGAUAUCACACAUCCAUUCAUGAUGUAGGCGCUAUACCAAUAUCUUGUACCGCCUCCAUCCAGGCUCAAACUCCUACUGUUACUGUCUCGGCUAGAAGCAUGCAUAUUAUCUCUGUAUCACCUACAUCUUGCAUCCCAUCCGCAACUUCUCCAUGCUGUAGCUCGUCUACUGAGAUGGCAGUUGAGCUUUCGCCUAAAUGGGACAGCCAAACCUUAUACUCAGGGACGUUGGCUGGGAACGAGACUCGAGCCUGGGCUCAUGAGGAUUCACUAAAUGACUUUAGCAUCCCAUCAGAUCCUUCAGCCGGCAUUUCUGUUGAUAUGGCUUCAAGUAAAAGGCGACGGCGUUGCAGAUUGACGCAAUAUGAUGCCCAGCUGAUCGCUGAGGCUCAUCGGUUGGCGCCCGUUUCUGGUCGACGUAAACGUAGUCAGCGUCUUGGCCUUAAUAUUACAGAAACGACUAUCCAGUCUGCCCCAAGUCCGUUAAAAAAGCAUGAUAACCUGCCUAAAGCAAGUCAAAGCUCUGUGGGCUUUAAUCGCUCCAACUUGCCAAUGCCUGAUCUGCUUGCCUCUGCGCCUGUGCAUCCGCCAGCCCCAAUUAAACUGGUAGUUAAACGCUUUGGCCCACUUGGAGCUUCCGACUACGUGCUUACCAGACCUUCUGUUGGCUAUUCUAGGCCAACGCCACCACGAAGCAGCAGACGAGCUCGAAAACAGCCGCUCCUGGUGCGAUCGGAGAUAGUGGAAGAUGAUGAUUCCAUCCCGAAGAGUGAAUCUACUGAGUUCCUCGAUCUCUCCCAUCCGAGCUCACAACAACCAGUUUUAUGGUGUAAUUAUCCCAGGUCAUUCUCUACUUACUCCUCUGCUGCCACCCGCGUUGAUGCUGGGAGAUGUGGUUUAUCCUUCUGUCAGGCCUGUCCGGAUGCAGCUAAAGUAAGCCGGCCAUACCAAAGGCCAACCCUUUGUGGACCAAAUCUACAUACAUGGGAUAGGAGCAGUGCCGGCGACAACCAGACUUCACAUGAGAGCUUAGAAUUCACUGCUUCUGUUGGUGUUGAGGUAAAAGACGUCUAUAAUAAUGAAGAUGAAAAUAUAUUCCUUCCUCCACCACAACUUAUCGCUCGGCCCAGCCCCCAGUCCAUUGAAAGGGCUUAUGAAGAAGACGAUGCCUUACUCGACUGGUCGCGUAACGAACCAAGGCGACUACUUCCUCAGAGUAACAAUAGCAACAGCGCUGAUCUUCUUGACCACAAAUACAACUACAGGGACGACAAAGUCUCUGGCGCUAACGCGCCUGGCUCUUAUACCACACGCUUUCACCACGAAUGUCAGAUUCGGAUAAACUCAGUCUUUUCUAGCCAACCACCUCCACUCAUUCUUCCCCUGGUAGACUGGGAAGCGAGCCGUUCUAGUGAAGAACAUAGGCCACAACAACGGACUAUGGUCGGUCAUCCAUCUAGGCAACUUCAAAAUUCUAGGCUUAAACGAUUAGCCGGACUCACACACUCACCUUGCAAAAAUUUAAACGUUAUAUCACGCAGUGCUUCUUGCCCUAUCCUAAUGUCCUCGGGACCAGAUGAGUCUGACUUUCCAUUUUUACCAUCACGGCCUUUUCUAUCUCCAUCAUACUCCGCUUUUGCUAACCAUGGUCAGAGGGACUCUUCCAAAGCUUCAUCUAAUCACCACUUCAGUAUUCAGUCCGAACAUUCCUCCCUCUCAGUCUCAGAUUUCAUCUUGACUUCAUCUAGCAACCGCUUUGGGCCAUCUUGUGCUGAUCACCUUUCUUCAGAAGCUACCUCGUCGCCAAGCACAAUCGCUGCCUCUCAUUUUGAUGGCUGCGAAGCCGGUCUCUCGCCUCCUAGACUCUCAACUGUCCUAGCACAGUCUUGUGGCGACAUGCUGAUUACUAAUUGUCCCGCACUGAAAUGCGCGUCUCUAAAUAUCAAACCACCUGGUUUUCGACGAAAAAGACGCAUACGGCGUGGGCACCGGCCAACUUCUGGUCUGCAUGUCUUACCUGACCACUCGCUACUUAACGACAAGCCUUCUUUCGACUUCAACCUUCGUGAAUCAUUAAGUAUUGGAUCCGACAUUGGCUCUGAUGCAGAAACUCCUUCCCCACCCCUUCUACAACCAGCCACUCCGACUAGAGUUUUCCCUCAUGAUUCUGGCAGAGAAUCUUCAAAUUCUGCCCCAGUCUUAGCUCCACGAAUACGAGGCUCAAAUUUAAUUGGACAGACUUCGAAUAUCACAUCCUCUUGUGACUGGUGGACUUCAUUUGAUAAAUCUCACUCUCCACUCUCUCCACACAUGCCUAUACAUUCUAAGGGAUCCCACUUUAAAGGGACUGCUGAAUUGGCUUCGACGAAGCAUGAAUCAAACCUUAUACAUGCGGCUCCGGCCGGCAUAGACAAAAAAAACACUUUGUCACUUAUUAUAAAACGCAGGGGUUCUGAUUAUUAUUGCGUUUCUCAGAGGACAAUGCCGCUUUCUAUUCUGUAA